AUGGAAAAAGAAGAAGAUUUAAAAGAUUUUUGUGUAAUAGAUAAUCGUGGUAGUGAUAGUCCGAUAGAUGUAUCGUGUGAUAACAUAAUUGAUAAGAAUGGUAAUGUGAUAUAUAAAAGUUAUAAUAAUGUGUACAAAUUAACAUAUAAGCACAUAUUUAAAUAUAAAAGAAUAAGUUGCAUUAGUACUGAUGUUAUAUAUGAUGAGAAUGGAAAUGGAUAUACUCCAUUAUAUCAUUAUUAUUAUGAUGACGUAAUUAAUUCAGAUACAAAUAAGGAAGAGAAUUAUGAGAUUAAUGAGGAAAUAUAUAAUAGAGAGAGUACAAAACAAGAAUGUUUGAAAUAUGAUAUGUAUGAAUUAUUAUUAUUACGUUUUUUAAAAUAUGAAUGUGAAAAUGAUGAUUCGGAAGAUAUAUUAAAUAAAUAUUGUUUUAUAAGAGAAAGGAAAUGUAAUAAACCAGGGGGGAAUAAAUAUAUACCUAGAGACAGAAGUAAUAAUAAUAAUAAUAUAGGAAAUAAUGUAAAUGGAAUGAAUAAUUAUGUUUUAUUAAAUAAUAAUAAUAUGAGAAUAAGGAACAUAUAUAACAACAACAAUAAUAAUAAUAAUAUUAACAAUAAUAAUAAUUUUAAUAACAAUUUUAAUAUUCAUAAUAAUGAUAACAAUGAUGAUGGUUAUGUGAAGGGAAGACAUCGUGGAAAUUAUUUGUCAAGUUCAUUGAAUAAUAUAAAUGGAAAGGUUUUUAAAAAUUUAGAUGAUAAUUGUUAUAAUUUGCCAACUAAUAAUUUAUAUAUUGAUAAGGAGGGCAAAAUGAAUUUAACGGGAAAGGAACAUUAUAAUGCAGCACCAAGUAAUGAAUAUAACCAUAAUAAUAAUAAGAACACAAAUAAUUAUAAUAACAACAGUUAUAAUAACAAUAAUUUUUUUAAUAACAAUUAUAAUGAUAAUAAUUAUAAUAAUAGUAAUAAUAAAGGAAUGGGAAAUAAAUAUGAUAGGAGUUUAAAUUAUUUAAAAAAAGAACAUGAUAUGGUUGAUUAUGAAUAUAAUAAUAAAGGUAAUAUAAGAAAAAAUGAUUCGGAGAAAUAUUGGGAUAAUCCACCUUUACAUUAUUCUAAGAAAAAUAAUUAUGAUAUUUUUACUUUGGGAGAUAUUAAAAAGUAUGCAAAAAAUAAUGAGAAGAAAGGAAAUAAUAAAUUUAUGAAUAUGAAUGAUAAUAACAGUAAUAAUAAUAUGAAUAGUAAUAGUAAUAGUUAUAAUAAUAUAUUUAAAGAUAAUGAUGAAGAAAACUUAACCAAAAGUAAUUUUGCAAAGUGGUUUAAGAAUAAUAAUAUGAAUGUUAAUGAAAAUACAGACAUAAUAAAAUAUCUGAAUAAUAAAAAUAAUCAAGGACAAUCAGAAGGAAAGAACAACAACAAUAGUAAUAAUAAUAAUAAUAAUAAAAAUAAUAUUUUUCAAGGUAAUAGUAGGAAUUAUGAAAAUGCCAUGUAUAAUAUAAAUAAUAAUAAUAAUAAUAGUAAUAAUAAAAAUGAAGCUUCUUUUAAUACAGAUAAUAUAAACACAAAUAAUGGUAGGGAAGAAGAAAAAAUUAGCAAUACUGUUGCUGAAUUAUUAAUGAAACAGAUUUCUAUGAUUAAAGAACGUAAUAAAGGUAUGGAUGUUAUGGAAAAAAAAAAUACGUUUGGUUUUUUAGAUAACAAUUAUCAGAAUUAUGGAAGUAAUAAUAAUUCUAGUUUAGAAAAAAACAAUAUGAAAGAAAAUGAUAUAUAUUCAAAAGAAGCAAGCAAAAGAAUAAUGGAUAUUUUCAGAACAUUAAAUUCAAAUGGUUUAGUGUCACAAGAAUCAUUAUUGGAGAAUCAAGGUAUACCUAACAAUAAUAACAAUUACAAUAAUUACAGUAAUAAUAGAAAUAAGAAUCAAAAUAAUAUUAAUAUGAAUCAUAAUAAUAAUAUGAAUAACAAUAUGAAUUAUUACAAAAAUAAUCAUAAAUAUCAUUCAAUGGAUAAUGUGACAUAUAAAAAAAACUUUAUUAAUAAUUAUAGCAAUAAUGAUGGAAAUAAUAAUAAUAGUAAUAAUAAUAGUAAUAAUGUGGAACAUUAUUAUAUGAAUAAUAAAAAGGCUUUUAAAAAUAAAAUUAAUAACUACCAUAAUUUACCAGAUAAUAAAAAUAAUAUCAUGAAUAAUAAUACAUAUAAUAAUAUUAAUAAAAAUAAUUUAUCUAAUAUGGAAAAUUUUCCACCAUCAUUAUCAUUUAAUAAUUCAGAUGUUAAUAAAAAUAAUACACAAGGAAAUAUUAAUAUUACUCCCAUAAUUAAUUCAAUAUUACGUUUAGAUAAUGAAGUUGAUAAUGUGCACAACAAUUCAAUAUCUGAAAACAUACAGAAUGCAAAAGUAAGUAAUGUUUUAGAUUCAUUAAAGUCAUUAUUAAAAGCUUCAAAAAACCAAGGUAAUAAUAAUUAUAAUAUACCAAAAAAUUUUAAUAAUAAUAAUAAUAAUCAUAAUAAUAGUAAUAGCAAAUUUAUAAAUUAUAACUCACAACAAUUUUAUCCAUCACAUCAACAACAACAACAACAACAGCAACAGCAACAAAUACAAAUGCAAACACAAAUAAAUCGUACUCAUUUGAACGAUUAUAAUAAAAAAAAAUUUAAUAAAAAGGAAAGGUAUCCAAUGAAAUAUCCUGAAUUUGAUGGAACUACAAACGAAACUAUGAUGGUACGAGAAAAGGCAGAAAGACAACUUGUUUGA